AUGAACACUCACACUCUUUCUCUCUUUUUCUCUCUGAACUUUUUUUGUAUCUUCUCUCUCUCUCUUGACUGUCGCCCUCUCUCUCUCUUGACUGUCGCCUUCUCUCUCUCUCUCUUGGCUGUCGCCUCUCUCUCUCUCUUGGCUGUCGCCCCUCCCUCUCUCUCUUGGCUGUCGCCCCUCCCUCUCUCUCUUGGCUGUCGCCCCUCCCUCUCUCUCUUGGCUGUCGCCCCUCCCUCUCUCUCUUGGCUGUCGCCCCUCCUUCUCUCUCUUGGCUGUCGCCCCUCUCUCUCUCUCUUGGCUGUCGCCCCUCUCUCUCUUCUCUCUCUCUCUCUCUUCCCUCUUCUUCCUCGGUCUCUCUCUCUCUCUCUGACCAAAUCUACUCGGUCUCUCUCUCUCUCUGACCUCUUCUACAAAUCUCUCUCUCUCUCUCUCUUAACCUGUUCUCUCAGUCUCUCUCUCUCUCCCUCUUCUACUCGGUCUCUCUCUCUCUCUCUGACUCCUCUUCUUUCAAUCUCUCUCUCUCUCUCUGGACCUCUUCCCUUGGUCUCUCUCUCUCUCUUGACCUCUUCUCUCUUGGUCUCUCUCUCUCUCUCUCUGGCCUCUUCUAUUCUCUCUCUCUCUCUCUGA